UUAUUUUCAUGAGGCCCAAAAUCCCUAGAGGCGCCCCUGGCGGCACACCACUGUACUUAUCUAAUUUGGUCCUCCAAACUAGAAUGACACGUCUUUAAAAGGCAUAACCAGUAGAAAUAAUAAUAUAUAUUACAAAUACACUUUAAAGAUAAUUAACAAAAACACUGAAAACUUCGUAUACUGUAAAAUGCAUAUCAAUUACACUCGUCCCGUUUUCCAGUUUUCCCACAGUCUUUGAAGGCAGCAUCACAUUAGGUCUGUGGUCCGGUCAGCUAUGUAAACAUGUCAAUGUUAUUAGCCAGGCUAACCACACAAGACAAGAAGACUACACGGUCUUGGCCCGACACUGUCGCUCCCUUUCGAUGUCGUCAUUCUAUCGUGGGUUCGGGAUUUAUGGCGGUCAUGUUUUCGUCACAUUAAGGUGGGAAGGGUGAGGAGGAACAGGUCUGCGGUAGUUGGGCACAGAGAUGCUAGUGGUGUUAUGCUAAUGAUGAAGCUAACGGAGACUGGCUGCUGGACAUCCAAGUGCAUGAAAAUGACGCCGCUUUAUUCCAAAAGCACCGAAUGAUAACCGGCCGGGGGAGCGGCGUCGUCUCAGCGGUCGGCGAAUGGCGUUAUAACCCUACACGCAGUUUGCACCAGAGUAGCGGUGGUGCCUUCAAUGCGCAUAGCCGUGUAGUUCCAUCACUUUGCGUAAAGAUGUCAUUCACCAUGGAGGAUCAUUUGGAGUCGGGCUGGGUCGCUGUCCGCCCCAAUGCGUUCGAGGAGAAGGAGAAGCAUAAAUUUGUCUUCAUCGUCGCAUGGAACGAAGUGGAAGGCAAAUUUGCCAUCACAUGUCACAACAGAACGGCGCAAAGGAGAAGCUUUGGCAGCGGCAGGGAGGAAGAUGGAGACAAAACAACAUGGCUGGUAACUAGUCCUGCAGGGGAUAAAGUGUCCGGGAGCCCUGGCUUAGGACCAAGAGAGAUUGCGGUGCAAGGCCUUAAAAGCAAGCUUCCAGGUUCCAAACUAAGUCCUGUUAAAAUCAAGACUGUGGUCAACUAUGUGUCUUGUCAUGUUAGUCCCGAUCCCGAGGAUCUCUGUGUGGACACUCCGGACCUGGAGGACAGUCUGAGCCGGGAGGACUGCAGUUGGGCAGGACUCUUUUCCUUCCAGGACCUGCGGGCGGUGCACCAGCAGCUGUGUUCUGUCGACUCUGUCCUGGAGCCCUGUCUCCCUGUCUUUCCGGAGGAACCAGGCGGGAUGUGGUCGGUGCUGUUCGGGCCGGCCGAGGUCUCGGAGACUGAGAUGGAUGACCUGUGUUCUAAGUUGCAGCUCUACCUGGGCCAUGCACUCGACCUAUGCGGCUGGAAGAUCCUCUCCCAGCUUCUGUUCACUGAAAACGACGACCCGGAUGAAUACUACGAGAGCCUCAGCGAGCUGAAGCAGUCUGGCUACGAGGAAGUGCUUCAGCAUGAAAGUAAACAUCUGCAGGAGCUGCUGGAAAGACACAGGAGCAUGGACAGCAUGGUAGACUUGUUGGAGCUUUAUGAGGAAGAGGACCAGGCUUACGGAUGCUUGCUGGAGGCCUCCACACAGCUGUACCAGUACCUGCUGCAGCCGUUCCGAGACAUGAGAGAGCUAGCAAUGCUGCGCAGACAACAAAUCAAGAUCUCCAUGGAGAACGACUACCUGGGCCCGAGGCGUGUUGAAGCCCUGAAGAAGGAAGACUCUGAUUGGCAGAGGAAAGCUCAGGAGGCGGUCCUUAUUAUCCAGGAAUUCACUGUAAAAUACUUUGAGACAACUGCGAGAGCGCAGAAAGGUGUUUAUGAGCGUAUGAAGGUGGACCAGCGCAAGUUUGGUAAGGCCUCGUGGACAGCAGCAGUGGAGCGCAUGGAGAGACUCCGCUACUCUGUCGCCAAGGAAACCCUGCAGCUGCAGAGAGCCCGGGAGAUCAGCCUGGAGCAACGGAAGCACACGCUUAGAGAAGAGAUGCAGAGCCUGUGUAGCAGCGAGCAUGCCAUGACCCUACUGGACCAUAUGGAGUCCCAGUACUAUGAGCUGCAGCUGCAACUGUAUGGCAUCCAGUCAGAGAUCCUUCAGUGUGAAGAGCUGCUUCUUACAGCCCAGCUCGACAGCAUUCGAAGACAGAUGACAGAACGUCACGAUGAGGUGGUGUAUUACGACACCUUCGAAAGCGCAGCAGAUAUUACACAAGAGGACACCGCAGAGAAGGAAGAACUGCACAGGCUUCAGGUCAGCGCACGGCGACUGGAGGCGCGAAGGGGACGCAUCACUGCCAAGCGCUCUUAUUUGAGGAGCAAGCGGGAGAUAUGCGUGUCAAACCACAUGGAGAAACAGCAGAUGCGGCAAAGCACUCAGAAAGACGCCUUAUCUCAGCACGUCUUACAGCUGAGGCUUGAGGAAGAGGGGGAUGAGAGAAAGAACAGCAGAGUGCGUCAAGAGAGGCAAAGGACUCUGGAUCGACUUCGCACCUUCAAGCAGCGGUACCCGGGUCAGGUGAUUCUCAAGUCCACUCGAAUGCGUGUGGCCCACAGCAGAAGGAGAGAGCGGGGAAAGGUCGUACCAAUGGAUGGCGGAAACGAGAGGGAGGAGCGUUCCGACCCCGUUAGCACGCGGAGUCCGGGCAAGCAGCCCCUGUUCCUCAGCACCAGCGUGCAGACAGACCUCAGCUCCGCGCUCACCACCCAGCCUGUCGCAGGCCUGGCAGCGUCACUUCCUCCACUGCCUGUGCCCAGUCCCGCUGAUUCCUUCUGCUCUCCCUGCUCCCUGUCCUCCCUGCUGGCAUCUCCUGCAUCACCGCCACCUCCGCCGCCUCCUCCGCCUCUCCUGCCAAUACGGGAGCAGGUGUCCCCCUUGGAGGAGAAGGGUGGUGCAGAAGUGCUUCCUCUCUCUCCGCUCGGCCCCUUCCACCCUCGCUUCUUUGACAGCAGCCAGCUGGUGAGCGCCCGCAAAAAACUGAGGAAGACUCCAGAGUUUGACGGCCGCAACAGACGAGCGAGUUCCCCCAUGGAUGAGGUGCUGGCCUCCCUGAAGAGAGGCAGCUUCCACCUGAAGAAGGUCGACCAGCGGCCCCUUCCUCCUCCCGCCGACAGUGACGAUGACCCUAACAGCAUCUUAGUACAGAUCCGCAAGGGUGUCAAGUUGAGGCAAGUCCCGCAAAAAGAGAGGAAAGGUCAGGACGAGGCCGCCAGUGACCCUCUUACCAGAAGCAUCUAUGAGGCACUCCGCCGUAUCAAAGAGGCCUCGCCGGAGUCGGACUCUGAUGAUGAUGGGCUGGGCGGCCCCGACUGGGAAAGCUAGAGUUUCAGGCUCAAAUGCAACACAUUCCUCUACACUGUCAGAAGUAGGAGUACAGUCGGAGUCCAUUUCUUUUCCUUCAGGUACACAAUCUACACUCAUGUACCCCAAUGGAAGUAUUACAAAGUUACCCUUUUUUGAGUGUCAAAAAGUUACACAUAGCUCCCAAACGACAAAAAGACGCUUCAGUGACAACAUAUUAUUUGAGUGUUGUGUCCAUAUACACACACGUAAGCACACACACACACACACACACACACACACACACACACACACACACACACACACACACUACUACAGUAGUAGGGGGUCGUCAUACUACUCAUCUAAUAAGGUGGUAAAAGGUCAUUUUGUUUUUGCACGCUGCGGUGACCAUCAUAAUCAUUUGUACUGUAUUUUAUUUCAAAAGUCCCACUACUGUACAUUGAUGCUAUAAUUAUUUGUGAUUAUACCUUUGAGCCACACUAUUUACUAUUUUGAACUAUCAGGGAUAGGGGUGUCCAAAGUGCGGCCCGCAACACAUAUUUAAAAUACUAUUACCAAAAAAACCCAUAAAAAAGUGGAACAAAAGAGCAAACAGGUGCAACGUAACGAGAAAAUGUUACUAUAAUGACACUAAUAACACAAAGCUGCCAUGCAGUCUUUUUUUUUUUUACUUUAAAACUAGAAUGGCUCAAAAAAAAAAAAAACUUAAAAUAGACAGAUAGAUCUGAAGUUGGUCUGGACCAGCAGUUUUCAAACUUUUUUUUACUAAGUACCACAUCAGAAAACGCUUGACUCUCCAAAUACCACCAUAAUGGCGAACAUUAAAAUACGGUAGCAUAGUAGGACUAAGUAUUCAUUAAAAACAAAGCAGAAGUUUUAUUUAACAAGUGUAUUUGAUAUUUCCGGCCACGGUAACAUUACACACAGUUUGAUGAGUAACACUGUGUUUGAAUAUUUAGUUAAGUGAUUCUUUGGCACACCACUAGAUAGAGCCAGUGUACCAAUAGUGAUACACGUACCACAGUUUGUAUAGAUAGCACUUAUCUAGCGAUUUAAGCAUUGAAAGUUAAACUAAUAUAUAUUGAUGCAUGACUUAUUUUUAGCACUUUUAUGAGAGGGGGGCAUUUUGAAUAUCUCAGGCCUUUAUUCUGAUUGUCAUUGUUUAAAAAGUAAUAAUGAACCAAAAGCAAUUUUGUUAUGAAUUAUUUAUCUAUUUAAGGCUCCGAUUACUUAAAAUCAACUAUUCCAGUUUGACAUUUUUUUAGUGGAAAAUAUUGCACAUUUUGGGAUUUUGCCAAAAAAAAUCUGGUUUUCUUUGAUAAAAAGGGCAUAAAAGGUAAAAAAAAUGUAAAGCUUUAUAUCAACGGAUAAAUCAGAAGUUAGCGUUAGAAAUAUAUGACUUGUUUUUAACACAUUAUGACUGAGACCUUUUUGGGUCGCCAGGACCUUUAACAUUUUCCAACAUUGAGGGGAGCCCUACUGGUCACAAUAAAUAUUGUAUUGGUUUUGACUAUGAAAAGUAUCAAAAUGGACUCCACGGGCUUUUAUUUUUCAGUAUGCGGCUAUCAGUGGAAAAAAGUUUGGACACCCCUGAUCUCGGACCUCCGACAUUGUGUUGUCCAGCCUAAGGAUGCUGGAAUUAAUUUUAGCAAGCCCUACCGGGUAACUGUAGCUUUAAAGCUAAUGAGCUGUGUUUGUCCACUCUUGUCUCUAAGAAGCACUAUUGUGCACUUUAUCCACUUUUUCACCUCACUGUAACUCUGCACCUGUCCAACGUAAUAGAUGACAUAUAUCACAUAUGAUAACGCAACGUUAAGGAGUGGGGAAAAUGUUAGCCACUUUACCAUAUAGCUUUGUUAGCUACGAUGCUAACAUUACAUCACAUUUGAACUGCAACAUCGUGCUAGGUUGGCAUAUUUACUGAAGAACAACAAAACAACCUAACUCACAGCUCCCACGUCUGUAUCUGACUGAUGGGCAGUUGACAUAGCUCCAAGCUGUAUUUUAAGAUGUGUAGUGAAGCCUUUAAACAAAGCCUGUUAUCGUGCUAACUUUUAAGCGUAAACAGAUUCAACCAAAUUAUGUGUUAAGAAUGAUUUAUAAAUUGGAGUCAUACGGAUUAUAAGAGUAAAACGGCCACUGCAAUACCAUGAACCCUUAUACGUCUGUCACCAUCUUUUUUUCCCUUCAAACCUAAACCCUUCAAGGUGUGUCGUCCCCUUACGUGUAUCGACAGAUAUAAAGGUCCACCGCUCGUCUAAUCUGACAUGGCACACAUGCAGCAAAUCCUUUAGUAUGUCGCAUUGGAUUCCUGCCCCUCCCCUCUUGCCCUCACACCCAUGUUGCCUCAUCCAUGCAGGGUGGAUGACCAUCUGCUGAACUGCACUCAACUGUACUAUGAAGCUGCGGCCAUGUCUUUGCAAAAGAGCCCCCGAUAGGAGAUUCCCCAAUAGGCUCUUCCAGGCUAAGGUGGCUGUGACUGACACUCACCUCCUCUCCUCUAACAGAUUAGGCAGACACAGAAGAAAACCAUUACUCACGUUGCUGCAAGUAAGAAGACAAAAAAACACCUACACGCUAAGUUCUCAGACAACGUGAGGGAAUGUUGGCGGCAAACUUGGAGCGAUUUUACUUGAAAGGAGAAGCUUCACCAUUGUUUACAUUAGUAUGACACCUUGCCUUUACACCUCCAGGAGGUUACGUUGGCUCUUGUUGUUCCUUUGUGUUACAGACCAAGUGUUCCCACUUGGGACCGGAUCCAGGCAGAUCCCAAAUACUAUAAAAUCGUGUGUGUACAGCAGCGAGUAUUUAUAAACUGCGACUCAAGCAAUUGCAGCAUUCACUCAUGUGAGCUUGUUGCUGUGCCAUGAAUUACACACUUACGUGCUUUUCUUACGAUACGGAGUCCUCACAAGAGUUACAGAGGUAGAGAUUUUAACAAACAAUGCAGUUUGUCAGUCUAACAGUAUUUCAUAAUCAGGUCUCGAUGCUUAUUGACUCCAAGCCGGGCUAUUCAACUGGUGGUCCAGGAAUGACACCAUACCGGCCCACGAGUUCAGUUCAAAACUUUGAAGACAAAUGUUUUUGCAGCAAAUUCCUAAAAACAGUAGAGUGCUCCUGUUGUACAGAGGAACUUGGACAUCUGUGCACACAUUGACAGAUCCUUGCAUUGACAUGUUAACCUUGCUUGCAAACAUAGAACGCUGGGGUCCAAACUUGUGAUUUACAUAACUGAGGCGUUCCUCAAGGCACCCCUUUAAGUCCUCUUUUUUUUGGCAGUUACACAUUUUACAAGUUAUGUAACUAAGCUGUUUCUAUAGCUUGUUUACUUCAGAUGCAGGCAGUCAGUAGUCAUUUGUUCAACUUCUUUGGUUAUAGGGCUUGAAAGUGUGAGGUGGAAACGCAAUGCAUUGUAGGUUUUGCGGGACUCUUAAUCGCUUAUUUACAUGGUAGAAUGCAAGGCUCUGUCUUUAUGUUGUGUUUUUUUCCCUUUAACAAGUUAAAAAAUGGCGCGAACGUGCGGCAUCAUUAACUGCCACAAUCGUGGUCAUGUUGACAUCAAGGAAAAAAAGGAUUUGGUGAGAUUUUUCUCAUUUCCAGCGUGAAAGCAAUGGUGAGAUUUUUCUCAUUUCCAGCGUUAAAGCAAAGCCGAAAGAAGUCGGGUUAUGAAGCUAAUAAAGAAAACGGCGAAUAGCCGGGAUAUCAGUCGUGGGACAAUCAAACAUGACUUUUCAAGCCAUCACCUGGUACAUGUUAGUGUGUUCAGUGCAUUUUCACACUGGUAAUUUGAAUCAAAGCAUGUUUCAUGCAGUUAGACAUGUAGCAUUUAGCCAAGCUAGCUGCAGGCUACAAACAAUGUACAGUAUUUUGUAAAAAGCAAGUUUUCUGUUUACUUUUAGUCUUGGGUAAGCACAAAAAUGAAUGAGUAUUAUUUUCGGAGAAGUAACACAACAAUCAAAGUAUUUCAAAGUAAUAAUGGACUUGUUGUUUCAGUGAAACUUGCUUAUGAAAUGAGGCUGGACACCCUCAUUCCAUCUCAAACACAUGAGAGAUAAAAGCUGUAGGUUACGUGCAAUUUGAACAGAGGUCAAUGACCCUUAACAGACUUUCUUUACCGGUAUAAAAACUGACUCCGUUGACGAAAUAUAGACAAGUUUGGCUUCGACAAUGCUGGCAGCUUACUCAAAUCUCUUGUCUUGGACGUGCUCAUAUGAAUCAAUUCCAUCAAUUGUACCUAUUUUUUCGAGGUAGCGAGCCUUUGGAAUAGGGUAAAGUUUAUCUCAGUGCGGUACGAUUCAUUUGAAUUCAGUUUGUUGCUCUCUCUCACAUUAUCGCAGGUACAGUACAGCCAUGUGAACAAAACCUACGUCAAACAAAAAUGGUUACCCGUCACCCACAGUGCAUUGCAAAAUCACAUGCCCUUUCAAGCCCUUUACUAGAGGUGUUCCUCAAAGUUCCAUUUUAGGUCCUCUCCUUUUCACCAUUUAGGCUAUAAAACUGGUGGCCCACGAGUUCUGUUAAAAAAAACAAAAAACAUUUUUGCAGAAGGUUUUUAAAAACAGCAGAAUGCUCCUGUAUUGUCUCUGGAAUAUACAGAAUAAGACUAAUAGUGAAGGUCCUUAGCUUUCUGGAAAUGUGGCCUCCAAAACAAUUCAUUUAAAUAUCCUUGCCUUAAACGAUCCUAAACAGGAAUUAUGACAAUUCAGAUCCAUCUAAUUUUUAAUCUAUUAUGUAACCUUAAUGCAGUUCUUCAUGUAUUUGCUUUGCAUGGCUCAUAUUACCUCAUUUUAUUUAUUAUGCAGGCUGACUAUACAGAGCCCCCACACCAAUAAUAUAAAGAACUGCACUCAAACAACACAACUGAAUGCUGCAGUUUUUACACACAUUUCCCCCAGAACACACUUGUUUUGUCCUGCAUCCAAAUAAAACCUUGCAAUGUUGUGUUUCAGAUGUUCCAUUGAUUUUGUUCACCAGUCGUCCACACGUCAGCAUCCUGAGGUACUUCUUUAAUAUCAUGAGUUCAAAAUUACUUUUAAAUAGUCAAAAAUAUUGCCAGUCUUCUCAUACCUCUAAAUACAACAAUCAUACUUACAUAAUGACCAUACAUUACAAAACAAGAAAAAAAGAAAAAGAAAAGCUUCUUAUCCACUACUGUACAAAGGCAUUCGUCAACAAUUAAGCGUGUUAUAUUUAAGCUUCUUCCCAAGUCCUUAUUCCCAGUGUAUUAACCAACUAUCUAGGUUGAAGUGCUAGUUAAAUCUACAUGUGGUUACACAAAGUGCUCAAUUCAGCACGUGAGUUUGGACCGUAGAAGUUGCAGCAUCUUGUGUGAGGUUUAAAAAAACCCAAAACAUUUUGAAGACUUUUAAAGAAGCAGCCGUGGAUUCAUAAUAAUAGUAAUAAUAAUGAUAAUGAUAAUAAUCAACCUGGUGUAUCCGAGUAUUGCACUGUUAUGCAUUUUCAGUGUCCAAAGUAGUAACACUUGUCCCAUAACUGCAUUUGCCUUCAUUUCAUUUACACAAAUACAAAGUUGUCGUAUAUUGAUCUCUAAUUAUACCACUGUUAUAUCAAGUGUGUAAAAAAAAAAAAAAAAGGAGUGAAAGAGAACCUGUGGCCAGUUUCACUGAGGGUGGAAAGUCACACAAUUUAGUCGAUAGAACACUCUAGAAGCCCUUCGCGACACACCGCUUUGACCGGCAGGGCUGCCACACAGGUGAGCGGUCAACAGCAGUACACUUCCUGUUUGUCGGGGGUUCAUCAGCUGCAUUGACACGUGUGUGUGUGUGUGUGUGUGUUCUUGUAUUACUACCCUUCUUGAGACAUCUACAAGGAAAAGUACCUUCCAUAUGAGGACCGGUGAACAAGUUAGGACAUAAAUCAUGGUCCCAAUACGGAAAACCAUUGCAUCUAAUAGAGAAUGUCUCAUUUGCACCCCUGGUGGUGAAAUCUAUCAAAAUUAGGGUUGUCCCAAAAAGUAGGGAUUUUUCCAUUUGACUGUGUGUCGGUUUUAAAUGUGCUCCCCCUCUGGUCAACAUAUGAAACAACAAGUGUGUGUGUAAAAAAAAAAAAAUGGAAGUGCUUCCGUCUGGCCAACAUAUGUAAUAACAAGUGUGUGUACGAAAUUGAAAUGUGCUCCCUUUGGCCAAAAUUACUAAAAAAAAAAAAAUGUAUAUAGAGACAUACUGUAAUAACUUGAAUUAAAUAAUGAAUAUUAAAAAACAAUUGCAAAUAAGCCCUCCAAAAACUAAAAGCUUGCCUUUUUUAUAUUUGCAUAGUAUGUAUAUAUUAUUAAUGUUGUAAAUCCAAAUCUUUAUAUAUCUAGAAAGGGUGGUCCUCAAGAGGUAGGCAUUUUUCGGAGGUCUCAAGAAGAAAUACAAGAAUGUGUGUGUGUGUGUGUGUGUGUGUGUGUGUGUGUGUGUGUGUGUGUGUGUGUGUGUGUGUGUGUGUGUGUGUGUGUGUGUGUGUGUGUGUGUGU